AUGGCGUCCACCACCUCCGCCGCCGCCACCGUCAUGCUCGGCGGCAAGGGCGCCACCCUGUCGCCGGCCGCCGUCUACGCGCUGUCCCUCGGCCUCGCCGCCCCGGGCAUCGACCCUUCCGCGCAAAAGUCGCUCUCGACCCGCGCGGCCUCGCCGCAGGAGACCCCCGCGCCGCUCGCCGCCGCCAUCGCGUCGCUGGCGCCCACCGAGUCCCGCGCCGCCGCGGCGGUGCUGCUGAACAAGCUGGUCCUCACGUCGUCCGACUCCGCCUCCGCGCUUGUCACCGCCGCCACGGCCGCCCGCCUCGCGGGCUCGCUCGACCUCGCCGCCGCGCUGCCGCUGGGCUCCCGCGACGAGGCCGCGGUGGCCGCGGCGUCCGCGCCCGCCGCCGUCGCGCUCGCGGCGCUGAUCGACUGCUGCGCCGCGCCGCUGGCCCGCGUCGCCGACGCCGUCGCCGCGCUGUCGUGCGAGGCCGCGCGCGGGGACGCCGCCGCGGCCUUCGACGUGCCGGCCUCCGGCGACGGGCUCUCCGCCAAGGAUGAGGCCGACGUCGCCACCGACAUCAAGGUCCUCGUCUUCGGCUCCAAGCUUGUCGGCACUGCCGCCGGGGGCGCCCCCACCGCCGCCACGUUCGCCAAGGUGCCCGCCCUGAACGGGAUCUUCCGCCAGGCGGUGCGGGCGCUGCACGCCAUAGUGCGCAUCGAGCUCAACGCGCCCGUGAAAUUGGGGAAGAGGGAUGCUGGUGAAACCGGUGAGGGAAAGGAGGAGGCAUUGGUGGUGCUGGCCACGCAGCUCGCUAGAGCUGUGCAGGCACUGUGCAAGCUGAGCGUCGCCCGGGCAAGGCUUUGUGCGGAGAGCAUUGCUGAUGCUGAGCUUCGGGAGAAGCUUACUGGUGCUGUUAGCGUCGAUGAUUUGAAGGGGAUGCUUGACAAGGUUUUGAUUGAUUCAGAUGCCGUGUCUGUCUUGAAGGGGGUGUACAACCACUUGCUCAAGUUCAGGGACUUUCUUGCCUGGGAAGCAGCUGUGGUCAUGGCAGUAAUUGAAGCAGACAGUUCAAUUGAGAAACCACAAGCUGCUGCUGAGAAUGAAGCAGCCAGUUCAACUGAGAAGCCACAGGCUGGUGGGGACAAAGCAAAGGGCGACAAGAAGAGCAAGAAGAAGAAAACUUUGGGGAAGGGUACUUCUGCUGUUCUGAUGCUGCUUAGGGACCAUGUGACAAAUGGAAGUACUGUUGCUUCCGUGAAUUCUGCAUUGGUUGCAGAGUGGGCAACCUCUCUCUCAUUGCUAUUUGAUCCCAGAUGUCCCGGAUUGGAGUCCCUUGUGGAGAAGGUGAAGGAGAUUGUUGAGAGCAAUGAAGUCAGGAGAUUGCCUAAAAUUCCUAAGGGUACACGUGACUUCGGGAAAGAGCAAAUGGCGAUAAGGGGGCGAGCAUUUUCAAUUAUAACUAGUGUAUUCAAGAUGCACGGUGCCACUGCACUUGAUACACCUGUAUUUGAGCUGAGAGAAACCCUUAUGGGCAAAUAUGGUGAAGACUCAAAGUUGAUAUAUGACCUGGCUGAUCAGGGUGGUGAGCUUUGCUCUUUGCGGUAUGAUCUGACUGUUCCAUUUGCCCGGUAUGUUGCCAUGAAUAGCAUAAGUGCACUGAAGAGAUACCAGAUAGCGAAAGUAUAUAGGAGAGAUAAUCCAUCUAAGGGAAGGUACCGAGAAUUCUACCAAUGUGACUUCGACAUUGCUGGUGUAUAUGAACCUAUGGAACCGGAUUUUGAGGUCAUCAAAGUUUUGACUGAAUUGUUGAAUCAGCUGGAUAUAGGCACAUAUGAGAUAAAAUUAAAUCACAGAAAGUUGCUUGAUGGAAUGUUGGAGAUUUGCGGUGUGCCUCCUCAAAAGUUCAGAACAGUUUGCUCGAGUAUUGACAAGCUGGACAAGCAAACAUUCGAACAGGUGAAGAAGGAACUGGUGGAUGAGAAAGGUAUAUCAAAUGAAACUGCAGACGAAAUUGGCAAUUUAGUGAAGACUAGAGGACCCCCGUUGGAAGUUUUGACGAAGUUGAGAAAGGAGGGCAGCAAGUUUAUGAAUAAUGAAGGGUCUGUUGCUGCACUGAAUGAGCUAGAGAUAUUAUUCAAGGCUCUGGAUAAAGCAAAUGCAAUAGACAAGAUAGUUUUUGAUUUAAGUUUGGCCAGGGGCCUUGAUUACUACACUGGUGUCAUAUAUGAAGCCGUUUUCAAGGGUGCGGCUCAGGUUGGCUCCAUCGCGGCUGGUGGUCGGUAUGACAACCUCGUGGGUAUGUUUAGCGGAAAGCAAAUCCCUGCUGUUGGUGUGAGCCUUGGAAUUGAAAGAGUCUUUGCAAUCAUGGAGCAACAGGAGAAAGAAAGAAAUGAGAAGAUCCGGCCUACGGAGACAGAGGUGCUGGUGUCGAUUCUAGGAAAGGACCUUACACUAGCUGCCGAGCUGGUCAGCGAGUUGUGGAGUGCUGGGAUAAAGGCAGAGUUCAAGCUCACUACCAGGGUGGCGAACCACAUCAAGUAUGCCUUGCAAUCAGGCAUUCCGUGGAUGGUGCUGGUUGGCGAGUCCGAGUUGCAGAAAGGAACUGUGAAGUUGAAGGAUGUUGAAGCCAACCAGGAAUACGAGGUUGAUAGGAAGGAUUUUGUUGAAGAGCUGAAGAAUAGAUUGAGUAGAUCCUAA